UAAAGUAAGACUCCGGGUUCAUUUAGCUGGGUCCGAAAAUGCUGCGGAAGAAACUUAGCAAAUCCGAACAGAAAUUUAAACAUAAAAAGAACGACACGUCGGAAAUCAACCACUGCGUUGAGGAAGAGUCCAUCAGAACGAUGCGUAAAGAAUUUCCCGAAAAGCCGCAUGUGUGUGAACGCGACACACACAAGCAGAAGUGCGCAAAGUCCACUGGCCGCAAACAGAAGACAUCUAAACAAGUGCAUUUCACUGUGAUGCCUGACAAAUACGAGCCUCUAGAGGAGGACACAGACUUGGAUACAGCCACAGACGAAAACCACAAGAAAAAUCGGGAGAAACAUAAAAGAUUCAGAAAAAAAGUUUCAAAAGCUUUUCGCUUCACCUGGAAGUGUCUGGUCGUUGGACUGCAGAGUUUCAGCAACUCAUACUCCGGGCCACUGAGUGUAGCUACCACGCUGGUGCCUGAAAUCCAGAGGACAAAGCCUAAAGCAUAAUGGAAAAAAAAAAUUGAUAGUGAACCAACCCAAUAUCAGUAUCUUAUGAAAUGUAAGGGUACUAUGCUUGACAGGAUUUCUGUAUCUUUUUUGAUGUGAUUGGUUCUUAAACAGUGCUAGUAAAAUGUGAGUGUCACUCACAAAUUGCUCCUGUUCAUCUUAACCAUCUACAGGUCUGAAUUUAAUUUCUCAUAAUUGAUCACUAAGUCCUGUCACACCUGAAGAAAACUUAGUCUGUGAAUUAGAUUAGAAUCUUGUUUGUUGGAAAGCAGGAGUACUUCUCAUUUUUAAGCGAAGAACUGCGAUAAUAUGAAGUUAUUUUUCAUCUUUUAUUUUUUUGCGGUCGCUUGUCUUCAUGUCAAUCUUGAAGGAAUACUCAUGAAUUUAUACAGGAGUGGACCCAAGACAGACUCUUCACAACAGGUAUUCGACCAACAAGCCAUCCUAGAAAAAUUCAGGCUUGGUAGAUUUUUCUUUGAUCAGGAUAUUGGUAGUGUAAACAGAAUCAUUAUCAAGUCAAGGAUGUGAUUUUUCUCCUAGUGACACUAACCUAAUCUGUAAAUUUGAUUUCUUCUGUUAAUCAUCUCAUUUCAAUAUAGAUGCUUACGUCUACUAUAGUUUAGUUAGGAAUUUCUUGCACAAAGGUAUGUGUUUUGUUAGUUGUGGUGUUUUGAAAGUGGUAACUUUUAGAAAUACUAACAUUGCCAUAACAAUUUUAUAAUGAUAAAAAAUAUGUCUCUGUUUCUAGAGCUGGAAAUGUUUACUACAGAUGUUUUGCUGCAAUGUUUUAAGAAAUGAAAAAUCCCACUGGAACAUUUAAUGCAAAUGUUAUUGUGUCAUAAAAUGGGGUGGAACAGUGGAUUUGUUGUUUUUUUAAUUUGUUUUUGUUUUUUAUUUAAUUUCCAUAUUCAUUGAUUCUGAAUUCUAAAAGAAAAUGGUCUUAAUUGUUUUAAAAACAAGCUUUGGAUUAUUUUAAAAACUGAAGUCAUUUAUUGCCUACAAUGAACAUAGGUGCAUGUGCUGCUGUACAUCAACUACAAAUAAUUGUAUUUUGUGUUUUUUUUUUUUUAUUCAUACUACUGAUAAGUAUUUAAUCAACUAAACAUUAUGACAAUUAAAUCAGUUACAGUCACAGUAAAAGCUUUUAUAGGGUGGCAUGUAACAUUUUCAAUAUAGCUUUUUUAAAAAAAAAUGUGGUUAUGUGUUGUGUUUUCAAUUCAAAAUUCUAAAUCUUAAGAAUUUUCUCUUAAUAAUAUGUCUUACACAGGAUCAUAUUUUAUUUUCCAUUUUUAAGAUGGCUGUAAAACAUUGUCCUGUUUUAAAUAAACCACAAGGGAGACCGCAUUCUUCA